AUGAAAGCAGCAAUAGUACUGAGCGUUGUGGCGUUGGCUGCCUUUGGCAGUGCUGCCCCACUGGAGUCAAAUCAACCGUGGGCCCUGAUUCCGGAUGCCCGCGGACGGUUGCAUCUCAUCAACACCAAUCCGCACAAUGUGCCAACCGGUGAGAACGAGGCCGAACCGCUGUUCAACCCGGAGACGGAUGUCGUGUUCCGUCUGUACACCCGGCGCAACCCGGUACACCCGCAGGUGAUCAACUGGAACAGCCAGCAGUCGGUGUCGGGCAGCAACUUCAAUCCGGCCCAUCCGACGCGCUUCCUGAUCCAUGGGUUCCUUGAGGGCGAGGAUGCGAGUCUGCACUGGAGCAUCAAGGAUCACUACAUCCGCGUCGGCGAGUUCAACAUCGUGAACGUCGACUGGGGUGCAGGUUCGCAGACGAUCAACUACAUUGCGGCCCGUAACCGUGUCGGUGCGGUUGGUGAGAUCAUUUCGCGUAUGAUCAACACGAUCGUCGGUGCUACCGGUGCGUCUCGCGAUAACAUCAACCUGAUCGGGCACAGUCUCGGUGCGCACGUUGCCGCCAAUGCUGGCAAGCACCAGAAUGGUCAGCUGAACACGAUCAUUGGACUGGACCCGGCUGGUCCGCUGUUCUCGGCUGGACAGGCCGAUAUCUUCGGAGCCAACGAUGCGCAUUACACCGAGGCCAUCUACACGAACGCGGGAUUGUUGGGCUUUGAUCAGCCGUUGGCCCAUGCUAACUUCUACCCGAACGGUGGACGAUCGCAGCCGGGAUGUAUCCUUGAUGUGGCCGGUAUCUGUGCGCACAACCGGGUGAACGACUUUUUCGCUGAAACGGUGUCCACGUCGGUGGGCUUCCGCUCGGUGCGUUGUGCUAACCAUGGCGAGAUUACCAGCGGACGGUGCACUCCUAGUGGACCGGAUGCUAACAUGGGCGGUGAACCGUCGAACCGGGGCCGUGGCGUAAACGGUGUGUACCAUCUGACGACCAACUCCAACUCUCCGUUCGCGCAGGGUUAA